GCUUCUCCCAAAAAGAAAAUACCGCCAUCAUCAAUAUGCCCAACAAAACCAUCCUCUCCGUCAACGCAGGCUCCUCCUCCGUCAAAGUAACCUUCUACACCCUCGAAAAGAACCCCAAGCCCAUCGCCAACGCAGAAGUCUCCGGCAUCACAGCUCCGCCGCCCAAGCUGAAAUACACCCACGGGAGCACAGAGCGCAAAGAAAAGGUCGAUCAGUCCAUCAGCACGCCGCAGGAUGCCUUCAAGUUCCUCCUCCAGCACUGCUUCUCGGACCCCGAGCUGGAGGUCACCAGCAGCGACGACCUAGCGUAUAUAUGCCAUCGCGUCGUGCACGGCGGCGACUAUAAAACCAGUACGAUCAUUACAGACGAGACUUAUCACCAUCUUGAGGAGUUGGAGGAUCUAGCCCCGCUACACAACUUCUCCGCCCUCGAAAUAAUCCGCGUCUGCAAACAAGAAAUGCCCAGCGUCAAAAGCAUCACCUUCUUCGACUCCGCCUUCCACCAGACAAUGCCCGAGUACGUGCGCACGUACCCCAUCGACCAGCGCAUCGCGCGCGAGAAGCGUCUCCAGAAGUACGGCUUCCACGGCAUCAGCUACUCGUUUAUUCUCCGCGCCGUGGCCGACUUCUUGAAUAAGCCGCCGGAGAAGACGAAUGUUAUUGCGUUGCAUGCUGGGAGUGGGGCGUCGAUUUGUGCUAUCAAAGAUGGGGAGUCGAUUGAUACUUCGAUGGGACUUACGCCUUUGGCGGGUUUGCCGGGUGCGACGAGGAGUGGGAGUAUUGAUCCUUCCCUGGUCUUCCACUACACCAGCGACGCAGGGAAACGCACCCCGGGGAGCACAAGGAACAUGCACAUUAGCACGGCCGAAGAAAUCCUCAACAAGCAAUCCGGCUGGAAAGCCCUAACAGGCACAACGGAUUUCUCGCAAAUCGCCGUGCCCAACCCGCCCAGCGCAGCGCACAAACUCGCCUUCGACAUCUUCGUCGACCGCAUCGUCGGCUUCGUGGGCAGCUACUUCGUCAAGCUGGACGGGGCCGUCGACGCGAUUGUCUUCGCGGGCGGCAUCGGCGAGCGGAGCGCUAUGCUGAGGAAGGCGAUUGUUGACAAGGUGCGGUGUUUGGGGGUGCCGCCUGUUGAUGAGGGGGCUAAUGAGCGGGGGUUUGGGAAUGGGGAUGGAGAUGGGAAUGUGGUUGAUGUUUCGGGGGUGGGUGGGAAGGGUCCGAAAGUGUUGGUUUGUCAGACGGAUGAGCAGUUCGAAAUGGCAUACAACUGUAUCCAGACAUACGGGGACAAGAUCUAG